GUCUGGGCUCCGCCGCCUCUUCGCUCCAUGUCGCCGCUCCGCGCCCAAGAGCCGUCGAGGAGGGACUUCCCCAAGAUGGGUCCUGCCAAGAAAACGGGGGAAGCCCCCGAGCUGCGUAAGAGCCUCAAGCCUCUGAUGGAGAAGCGCCGUCGGGCGCGCAUCAACGACAGCCUCAACCAGCUCAAGACCCUCAUCUUGCCCCUCGUCGGCAAAGACAGUUCUCGCUAUUCCAAGCUGGAGAAGGCGGAUAUCUUAGAGAUGACUGUGCAGUUCCUCCAGGAGCUUCCAGCCCCCUCCUGCUCUUCAGUCCCUGGUUCUGCUGACAGUUUUUGCGAUGGCUAUCAUGCCUGCCUGUCCCGCCUCUCUGCCCUCUUGCCUAAGUACAACCUCCUGAGCCGAGACACCUGCAGCAACCUCCUGGGCCAUCUUCAGCAGGCCAGCGGACAGCACAGAUGCCUUCGGGACUGCGCCAACCCAGAGGACUUGUCCCACGCACAACACUGGGUGAUGCCCCUGUGCCCGCCCAGAAGGGCCCAGGAAGCCUUGUCUCCACCACCACCGCUCUGGAGACCUUGGUAGAGCCACAGAACUUCCUGACUUGAACAGGGAGCCCUGCAUUCUCUUUAUUUGUAUGUACGGCAGCAGUUUCCAAACAGGGUGUCACAAAAGGAGAGCCCUAAGCUGUGAGAGAAUUGCUAAUGUGCCCGUGAGAAAUAUCCACCUACAGAAGAGGCUGCUUGCUGUCUCUCAGAAUGAUUUACUGCUCUGGCUUUCUAACCAGCCUCAGUUGAGUGUAAACACUUCUGCUUAAUCUCUGAAUUUUGGUGUGGUUAGAUCAUCCAGUCACUCCGGACACAGUUGAAUUACCAGCUCUCAGAUGAGGCUGCCUGUUGUGUCUCUGCACAGCAGCUAUCUAUGUUCCUUUUCUUACUUAGGGAGGGGCUUUGCAUGAAGGAGGUCCCAGGGAGCAUCUCCAGGGAGGGCUGGGCGUGUCCCCUCUCUGAAAUCCUGGAGAGUGACUGCCAGUCAGUGCAGACAGUUCUGAGCUAGAUGGAACAAUGGUCUGACUUGGCAUAAGGGAGCUUUCUAGGUUUCUCUGUUAGAUAAUCUGGGAUCAUGCCCUUCCAUUUAGAAGGAACACUCAGAACAGUGACUCAUGCAUAAACACAGGAGAGGGACUCCUCUGAGGGCAGGUAAUUUCUUACUCUGUGCUCUAAAAGUGUAUGUGUAACAGAGGCAUGUGCCUUCAUUUUAAUUCAUAGUCAGCCAUCGCAGUUGCCUGGGGGAAACUGCUGUCUCGUGCGAAGGCUCUGGGUCUCUGUCUCUCUGCCAGAAAUCUCCCUUCCUUCCACAGGCUUUGUAGCCACAAUAGGAGGGGGACUGAAGGCCAGUAAACCCCGUGGGUUGUUGAACAUUCUUAUUUUCCUGGUCUGUGACUUGAACAAAUCCGGCAUGGCUUGAGCCAAAGACCGGACAGCACUUUAAACCUGUGUAUAUGAGUGAAUUUGAUACACAAUAAA